GAAAGUGUAGAGAAACAGAUAGUUGUGUUCAUAAAUAUGAUAUUUUCUCUCUUUUUACCCCUAUGUUUCCCUUAUCAAGUGUAUUUUGGUUGUGUUCUGCUUUUGUUUCCCGGGAAAAAGUUCAAUUUUUCUUUUUAAUUUCUGUUAAAGAAGUCCUCUUGAUCCUAGUGAAAGGAUCCAAACCAACAAAUCUUUUAUCAGAAAUCAUGGGGUUCUGUUGAAACAACUAAAAAGAAAAAACCUUGAAAAAAAAUUCUGGCUUCUGUCAUUAAAAUAAGCUUUUUUCUGGUUUUCCCUUAUUUUGUCUUGUUUUUGUUUCGUGGUGUGGGAUACGAGUGUUUUCAACUUUGCCUUGUGGGUUUUUGGAUUGAACUUUAAGAAUUAAGCGUUGAACGGUCGUAGAGAAGAAACUUGUUUCUUCAUUGUUAAUCAAAGCAGAGCAGGCUUGAGUUUUCUUUGAGUUUGCAGGGAGAGAGUGGAAUUCCCUUUUAUUUUCACUACUUGUUGUUUUAUUCUUAAGCUUUUCUUGUGGGGGGUGGUGAGAAAGGGUCGUCCAAAUCAACCGGUGACCGGAAAAGAGUUGAAUUAGACGACAUUGUCAACCACCAAGAAAGACUCAGUUGAAUAGAGAGAUAGGGAGAGAGAUAUUUGAUGUUAAAAUUCUCUUCCAUUUCUGUUCCCUUAAAUUUAGCUGUCCAAACGUGAGACUAUAGAAUUUCUCUCGAGUCACAAAUUUCCAUCAUAUAACCAAAUCGCGACAAUCUCUCUCUUCUUUUCUCCUUGUUUCCCUCCCUCCCUAGUCUUUCCCAUUCUACUCUCUCUUUCUCUUGUGUUUUUCUUGUGGUUCCUCUGUUUUCAGGGUUGAGGUUGAGAGACCAAAAAAACAAAACAAAAAAACCCCCAAUCUCUCUCAUCUCCGUCUCUUUGUUUUGGAAUCAUGAUUUUUGAAACAGGGUCGACGCAAUCAAACCUUGCCUGCUUCCUCCAUUGCACUACCCCGACUGUCAAGUCCCAUUUUCUUCCCAAGAGUGAGAUUAGGAACCUUAAUCGAUUAUGGCACCCUUGGGAGAGAGAAAAGGUUGAAUAUUUCACGUUGGGUGAUCUUUGGAAUUGUUAUGACGAAUGGAGUGCGUACGGGGCUGGCGUUCCCAUUGUCUUGAACAACGCCGAAACCUUAGUCCAAUACUAUGUUCCUUAUCUCUCUGCCAUCCAAAUCUUUACCAGCAAUUCUUCAGUCAACACCUUUAGGGAGGAGACUGAAUCAGGUGAUGGCGAGAGGGAUUCUUUUAGUGACUCAUUGAGUGAUGAGAGCGAGAGUGACAAGUUAUGGAGAUGGGACGGAUGCUCGUCGGAGGAUGGCGGUUCCGAGCACGAUAGCCUUUGGCAUGUGAAUAAUAGAUUGGGUUACCUUUACUUUCAGUAUUUCGAGAGAUCAACUCCUUAUGGAAGAGUUCCACUCAUGGAUAAGAUUAAUGGAUUAUCGAGAAGAUACCCCGGGUUGAUGUCAUUGAGGAGCGUAGAUCUUUCCCCAGCUAGUUGGAUGGCUGUUUACUGGUACCCAAUUUAUCAUAUUCCCAUGGGAAGGACCAUAAAAGACUUGUCCACAUGCUUCCUCACAUACCACACUCUAUCUUCUUCUUUCCAAGAUAUGGACCUGGAAGAUGACAUUGAGAAUCCUGAAAGGAAGCGAAAGGAAGGAGAAGGCAUCUCUCUUCCACCAUUUGGCUUGGCCACUUACAAGAUGCAAGGAAACGUGUGGGUCUCGGGUAAUUCUGGGCGGGACCAAGAGAGGCUGGUGUCGCUUUUAAGCGUGGCAGAUUCGUGGCUAAAGCAACUUAGAGUCCAGCACCAUGACUUCAAUUACUUCACGGGGAUUCGACGUGGCUAAACACAUAAUUGCUUGCUGUAGUUUUCUCUUGAGAACCCCAUGGAAGUGACUGAUCACUAAUUAUCAAAAACAAAAACAAAAAAGAAAAAGAAAAAAAGUUAAAAAAAAGGCCUGUUUUUGGGUUUUAAGAAUUUUUGGUUUUGUGCUUGGGAGUAAAAGUGAGGAUUGUGAUUGGCACUUGUUAUCAAAACCCUUUUGACGGUUCACUCUGAGGCCAGCCUUGACAGGAACUUUCAGCAGAGGGUAUGUGAGUUGAGUUUACCCUCUUUAUGUUUGUGGGCUUUUAUUGUAAAGAAAUGGGUGAGGGUCUAAAGGGGUACAAAAGUGGGGCUCUGAAACGUUAGAAACUCUUUGGGGUUUGUAUGAUAUAUGUUUCUCUUGACCUUAA